AGUUACACGGGCGCCAACCAACGGCCAAUCAUAGUUCCUCAUCCUCAACUCCUUGCCGGUGAGCAUACGACUGAAUGAAACCCUGCACACCAUGGGAGAGUUCAAGACAGAGAUCAUCAACACUACGAAACAAAUCGGCGAUCUAGUCGACUUGCUCAUCCUCCUCCAUGUGCCACCGAAACCGCACGAGUCAACAAUGUAUAUCGAUCUCGAAGGUGUGAACCUCUGCCGUGAAGGCACAUUGUCCAUCUUUACACUUCUUAUCGAUACGGGCACCCCGACGUCAAGCGUCUACUUGAUCGAUGUAUUUUCCCUCGGCGUGGAAACAUUCGAAACCACCGGUGCCAAGGGCCAGACGCUGAAAGAUAUUCUUCAAGACGAGAACAUCCCAAAAGUCUUCUUUGACGUCCGCAACGACUCAGACGUCUUGUAUGCACAUUUUGGCGUGGCACUGGAAGGAGUACAGGAUGUCCAGCUUAUGGAGAGCGCUGCGAGGAAGACUGCGCGUUCUAGAAAGCAUCUGAACAGCCUAGCCAAGUGUGUUGAGCAAUAUGCGCCAGACAGGAGAGGUCUCGCCAGCUGGAGGCUGGCGAAGGAGAAAGGGGCAAAACUGUUCAAUCCGAAGAAUGGCGGCUCCUUUACAGUUUUUGAACAACGACCAAUUCCUAGUGAGAUUAUUUCUUACUGCGCCGGCGAUGUUCAGUAUCUUCCCAAGCUGUGGAAAAGGUUUGAAGCAACUGCCAACAUGCAGCAGGACUUGGUGAACAAAGAGACCAGGGAGCGCAUUUUGGCUUCUCAGAAACCUGAGUAUAAACCCAAUGGCCCUAAUCGGACGUUAGCACCGUGGAGCGAGGACCAGAACAGAACUCUGGACAGGUGGCAUGGGCCUGGUCCUCGUGCCCACUUCGAUGAUGAAAACGCCUGGGGUCUCGAUGAUGACGAAAUGUGGGAGUACAACCAUGCCGAAGGCUGGGAUUUUGAUAAAUUCUUACGAGAGUUUGUCGAACGCUAUAGACGCUAGUCCGACAAACUGUAGAGAAAUCAUUCCCGACUGGGAUCUCCACCUCUACUACUCCGACUAGUCGUGGCGCAAUAUUCAUCAAUGCUAGCCAACAUCAGUCCCUUGAGAAAGAGUUCAAAACAUGAAGGUCCGUCAUUGCUUGUUCGUAACUAGAAAAGGGUUCUACAGAAACUACGAAUUAUUUAGGCUAUCCUGAUCCCGCCUACUUCUGCGUCCCCAUACCUCCGAGCAGAUUGGGACCUUAUGGAGGUGACCCUUGCACUCCAGUGCUUGGUGGACGCGACAAAGACAGAAUCAUGACGGCUACAUUCUCAAAUGAGCCCUUCGCUUUGUCCAUUCGCUUCGUAGAUGCAACGUGCUGCAUAUGCAGGUUCGACAGGGGCCGAGAGAUGAAGCUGACAGCAAGUGGAGACGGUGAAAAAUGGCCGAUCUGGAAUCUGGUUCUGGCUCGUUGAACUGCCUCUGAUUCGCUGUUCUUCCCAGGAUAGCAAGA